AUGAGGAGCGUCGGAACCACCAUCCGGGACUCGGGCCCAGUGAGGUUCACCACCGCAUUACUUACUGCGAUACUCAUCACCAGCGCUACCUUUCUACCACUCCUCGCUCGCGAAGCUGCUGCAAACCCAAUUCCAGCGCCGCGACCACACCCUAACGCUGGACCAGGACCACAGGCAUAUCCAGAUCCACAAGCUGGCAGUCCGACAGUUGAUGGUUUGUACCCAGAUCCAGAACCAUGUCGUGGCAACUGCACAUGGAUCCACGAUCCUAGCAUCUUGUACGAAGACGGUAAAUACUGGCGUUUCUCGACCAGUGGAAACAUCGCUAUUGCGACUGCACCUUCACUAGAAGGCCCUUGGCGCUAUGAAGGCGCUUUGUUGCAUAACGGUACGAGUAUAAUGGUCCACCCAGAACAGGAUAUCUGGGCACCUUCAGUGACGAAGCGAGGAGACACUUACUACUGUCACUACUCUGUAUCCCGUAUCGGUCUCCAGAACUCGUCUAUCGGUGUGGCGACAUCGCUGUCCCUUAAGCCAGGUAGCUGGCAAGACCACGGUGAUAUCGGUCUCCCCCUAUCUCACAAGUACAACUUGAUCGACCCCUUUGUGUACCAAGAGACCCCCAAUGACCCAAUUUACUUCACCUUUGGAUCUUUCUGGGACGACAUCUUCCAAGUUGAGCUAUUCCCCUACGAUGACCUUAUAGCUUUUGGUAGGUGGGCCGCGGACAACAAUCGUAUCAAUAACUUGGUGCGCAAUGGUACUAUCGGCGCCGGAGUCUCUGAAGGUGCUAUCAUGCACAAAGAAAAGAACUUCUACUAUAUAUUCUACAGUGUUGGUCAGUGCUGCAACAAGCCAUCAGACAAGGACGGUCUUGCACCGGAAGGUCAAGUGUACCACGUUGUCGUCUGCCGCUCGGAAGCCCCAACCGGACCCUUUUAUGACCGAGAGGGCAAGAGUUGUCUCGAAGAGAAUGGUGGUACUACGAUCCUCGCCAGUCAUGGCGAUAUCUAUGCGCCUGGUGGUCAGGGUGUCAUGGCGCACCCUGAUAAUGGGAGGACGGUGAUGUAUUAUCAUUAUGUCCGCCAGAGUGUAGGCUACGAGGCCGAUCAGUUCUUCUUUGGUUACAACUACCUCGACUGGGAGGACGGAUGGCCGGUCGUUGUUGUUGCCUGA